UUAUUCGACUGCUUUGAUUGCAAAUAUGGCGAUAGGUUACUAUUACAAGAUGCAGUGGGGAAUAAUUUGUUGUGUGUUUGAAUUUUGACUCUAAUUUAUAAAAGACAUGUUCAGAGUCUGAGACUUUCCAUUCAUAAAAUAGUGAAUUUAUAAAGGUUUAAAGUCAAAUGUGAAUUUUACGCAAUGGGUCAAAAUCACUAAAGUGAACUACCUGAUUGUGGUUUGAUAUAAUUGUUUACGGAGGAAUAUAAUAACAAUACAACAAAAAUGGGUAAACAGAAUAGUAAACUGAAACCAGAGGUCCUGGAGGAUCUGAAGCAGAACACGGAAUUUUCAGACGCCGAGAUUCAAGAGUGGUACAAGGGAUUCCUGAAAGACUGCCCGAGUGGUCAUCUUUCAGUUGAGGAGUUCAAGAAAAUAUAUGGAAAUUUCUUUCCAUACGGGGAUGCUAGUAAGUUCGCCGAGCACGUGUUCCGAACGUUCGACGCGAACGGUGACGGCACCAUCGACUUCCGGGAGUUCCUGUGCGCUCUCAGUGUGACGUCACGCGGCAAGCUCGAGCAGAAGCUCAAGUGGGCCUUCUCCAUGUACGACCUGGACGGCAACGGAUAUAUAUCGCGCCAGGAGAUGCUGGAGAUUGUCACGGCCAUAUACAAGAUGGUCGGGUCAGUCAUGAAGAUGCCAGAAGACGAGUCCACUCCGGAGAAACGGACCGACAAGAUAUUCCGCCAAAUGGACCGAAACAAGGACGGGAAACUUUCCCUGGAAGAGUUCAUAGAGGGCGCCAAAAGCGACCCCUCGAUCGUCAGGCUUCUGCAGUGCGAUCCACAGUCCCAGUAGGGCAUCAAUUACCUUCUCUUGUCCCAUAAAUGUCCCCCCCUUUUUGUAAAAAGUCACCCCCUAUAUUUCCCGCUUGUUGAAGCUAGUGCGCGGUGCUGACCGCUUAUGCACACCUUGUGGCCGAAUGUUUGGAUGAUUGCGUUUGUUUUUGGAAAUGUUGAAAUUUAUGUGAAAUCAGCUAAGAUGUUUAUGUUCCCCCCCUUAACGCAAUCACUAUGAUAUGAAGAUGCUUAGGCGA